AUGUCACUGCCUGAAGACAUCAUCAUUAACAUCUUAGCGCGUGUACCGAGAUGCGACUAUCCAACAGUCUCUCUUGUUUCAAAGCACUUCCGGUCACUUGUUGCGUCGUCUGAUAUAUACGCCAUACGAUCUUUGUUGGGAUGCACCGAACAUUUUCUCUAUGUUGUUCUCUAUAACCGGGACCACAAGGAUUACCGUUUGUAUACUCUCUGCCGGAAAGCUAACGGCAAACACAGCCGCUUGGCCCUUAUCCCUUGGCUUCCCGCUGUGCCUCGACGUGGAAGCUUUGUGGCAGUGGGUUCAAAGAUAUAUGUUUUUGGUGUGAUCAACGACAACUAUGACAAUAUGACAUCGACUGCGUACAGCAUUGACUGUAGAUAUCACACUGUGCAACCACUCCCGAGCAUGCCGCAUGUGUUCCGGUUUGAAACAAUAGCUGAAAUCAUCGAUGACAAAAUAUAUGUUAUUGGAUGUAAUUACGUUAAAAAAAUACCAGUGGUAGUGGUGGUUUUCAACACAAAAACACGGAUGUGGGAGCCUGGGAUGACAACUCUAGACAAGCCUGUAAGAAGUGUCAUAGGCAGGUAUGGUUGUGUGGUGAUGGCUAAUAAGAUUUAUGGGAAGAAUUUUGUAUAUGACCCAAAUGAAACUAAAUGGGAAACGCCCGACAAGACGCUGAGUUCGAACAAGUGGAAUCAUGCGUGUUUCAUUGAUGAUGUUAUGUACUACUAUGAUUUGUUUGAGAACAAGUUAAUAGCAUAUGAUUCAAAGAAAAGAAGAAACCAAAGAGAUUUGUUGUGCAGAGAUUUCAACGGAAAGACGCCAAGGAGGACCCCUCCUUCAUAUAACUGA